UUUAUCGUCGAGGUUAUUUUCCUAGUGAUGAUUAUAUUAUGAUCUAUAUUUAUUAUCAUUUUAUGGUCUAUGUAGGUGUAGGAUAAUUCAUUAAAAAUUUUCUAAUGAAUUUCAUUCCUUUUUUGUGAUACAUCACCAAUUAAAAAAUUCAAUAAUUUUAUUGAUGUAGUUAUUAUGGCACCACGAAAAAAGAAAACGCAACAAAAAAUUACAACAGAUGAUGUGAAAGCUGCAACAAAAACUAAGAAUAUUGCAAAGAGACCUUCAAAAAAGAAAGGACCAGUAAGAAAAGUUGCAACUAGGAAACCUAGACAACCAAAGAAAUCUUCAAAGAUCAUAUCAAAUGAUAAUAUUGAAAUAGUUGAGGACAUAAUAGACUCCAAAAGUGAGGAACUGCCGGAUAGUGUAGGAAACACUUCAAUAGAAAAUAACGAAUAUAGUUCAGCUGAAUGUGAAACUUCAUUUGAUUCUCAAACUCUUGAGAAUGAAAGAACUACAUGUGAAAUUACAGAACAACUAGAACAUUUAGAAGUACAGGAACAAGAAGUUAUGGAAGAACUUAUUGAAUUUGACUCAGUUGAUAAUGUUGUAACAGUUGAUUAUGUUAGUCAAGAGGUAACAUUAGAAAUGGAAAAUGAUAAUAGUAAUGUUAGUAACAUAGAUCUGUUAGAAGUUUCUAAUGAUGAUUUUUCAUCAAGAGAAAAAGAAAUUAAGAAUGAUAAUGACCAAGAAACAAAUGAAAUUGAAGAAAGUUUAUCCCAAAUGAUGAAUAUAUUUGAAAUAUCUCAUGUAAAUGAUGGCUCUCCAAAAAAUCUUGAUGAACUUGAGUCAAAAACCAAUUUGAAGGAGAAUUUAGACGUUAUUGAACCAACCCUAUCAGAAACAAAUGAUCUUGACAAAGAUAAGAGCAAUGAAAUCAAGGAAGUCGAAGAGAAUAAAUUAAGUUCAGAAAAUCUGUUGGAUAAAACAGAAAAUAAAACUGAUAAUAUUUUGUUUUCAAAUGAUAAAAUUAAAGUGGAAAAAACUUCAAGAGGCAAAAUGAAAAAACAGAAUGAAACAAAAUCACAAAAGGGGCAGAAAAAAGAAAUAACUAAAAAAGAAAAAACCAAAGGUACCAAAACAAAAACUGUUUCAAAAUCAAAAACUGAUGAAGCAGAUGAAAAUUUAAUUAGAAGAUCUAGUCGAAUAAAAUCAAUCAAUGUUUUGAAAAAACCUUCUGUGGGUCAUGGUCUGGUAAAAGUUAAAGAUUGUGAAGUUUCUGAGAUAAAAAAUGAAAAUGAUAAAUCUUCUCUUCAGUGUGUUCCAAGUAAAAAUGAACCCUCUGAGAAGCCCAUAAAAGUGAAAUCUCGAUGGCGGCGUUCCAGUGAACUUGAGAUGAAUGUAUCUAGUGUAGAAGAUGCAACAAAUACUAACUCUAAAGAAAAUGAGAACCUCAAUGUUGACUUGGAAAAGGACAAAAUGAAGUCUUCUGUUAAGGAUGAAUUAGUUGAGAGCAGAUUGAAGCAAUUUGUUCAUCUAAAGGAAAAUGUAUACUUAACAGAACGUUUCGUUUGCAAGGAAGCCAAAAAAAUGACAUGUGAUUGUUUUUUAACUGAGGAAGAGAAACAAAGAGGAGAAAUGGCUUGUGGAGAGGAUUGUCUGAAUAGACUCUUGAUGAUAGAAUGUGGAAAUCUUUGUCAAGUUGAAGAUCGAUGUGCCAAUAAAAAAUUCCAGAAAAGUCAAUUUGCACCAGUGGAAGUUUUUAACACACACAAAAAAGGCUUAGGAUUAAGAGCUGCUGCUAAUAUACCCUAUGGGGAAUUCAUCCUUGAAUAUGUUGGAGAAGUUCUUGAUGCAAAUGAAUUUGAUAGAAGAGCAGAUGAAUAUUCCCAAGACAAAAACACCCAUUACUAUUUCAUGUCCUUGAGAUCAGAUGCCAUUAUUGAUGCUACACAAAAAGGUAAUAUAUCCAGAUUUAUAAACCACUCCUGUGAACCAAAUGCCGAAACUCAAAAAUGGACUGUUAAUGGUGAAUUGAGAAUUGGAUUUUUUAGUACAAGAACAAUUUUGGCUGGUGAAGAAGUGACGUUCGAUUAUAGAUUUGAAAGAUAUGGAAAAGAGGCUCAGAAAUGUUAUUGCGAAGCACCUUCUUGUCGUGGUUGGCUGGGAGAAGAACCGGAUGACGAUGAAGAAGGCGAGGAAGAUGAAGAGGAGGAAGAAGAAGAGGAAGUGGAAGAAGUAGAGGAAAAUGUCGAAGUAAAACCAAUAGUUGACAAAGUUCCAGAAGUAAAAGAAGAGCCAUCUACUGCCGAAGUUAUUCCAAAAAUAGAGAAAGAGGAAAUACCGUCUGUUGUUCAAGUUACACCUAAAAUUAAGAAAAUAAAGCCGAAGAGGAAACUUCGAAAGGAAUUAUUUGAAGAUGAUCAAUUGGACGAGGAAAUUGAUGUUUUGGUAACUACCGGACUCAAAAAUCAAGCACAUACAUUGAAGUUGUCAAGGCUGAUGAUAAGAGCAAAGGAGCCUGCUCAAAGAGCAAAACUACUGAGGGUGUUGAGAAGAGGAGAGUUACCGUGUCGCAGGCUCUUCUUGGAUUAUCAUGGAUUACAUCUUAUGCAUGGAUACAUGAUAGACGCUCAACAUUUGUGUCUGAUGGACAAGAAAUAUGAUUCUCUAAGAUUGGAAGUACUUCAAACAUUAGCGGUGCUUCCUAUAUCAAAUAAGACAAUGCUUCAAGAUAGUAAAGUUUUGCCCACUAUUGAAAAGUGGUCUGUUCCACUCACAUCGAGCUCAUCUGUCGAAUCCAAUUCCGAAAGUAAUUCGCCAAAAGUAGAAACCGAAGUUAGCGAGUCCUCUACACCUACUAUACUUCCUGAAACGACUAAAGAAUACACAGAAACAACAUUCACCACUGAAGACCUGGUACCAGAAGACCAAAUCAGGAAGUCUGUAGGAAUGGAGGAAGUCAAAGUGGAGUCUUCAUACUUUAAAAACACUCGAGGAUCUGCGUUAGCUGAGGAGAUUGUAAAUAUUUUCGAGGAUGAUACGUAUUUGUCUACUGCCAAGCCGAAACCGGUUCUUAGGGAAGUGAAACCGCCAACGCAAAAUUACGAAUUUGAAAUAAUCAUUUUGGCAACAAAGCUAGUAGAGAUGUGGUCGAAGCUUAAAGAAGUUUUCAGAAUACCCAAGAAAGAAAGGAUUGAGCAGAUGAAGGAGCACGAAAGGGAGGCCAAUAAAGGUUAUAUUGCUGGUUUGGGUUUGGAACAAUAUGCGGAAAAGAAAAAUGAGAGCAGAUACAGAGGUAUGCAAAGAUCUCGUCAACAAGACAAAAAAAGUGUGAAAUCGGAUGAACGUAAUCAGCAACAAUCUUUGUUGAGCAGACACAAUAGAAGAAAACUUUUCGCUUUGCAAGUGGAACAGCAGGAAGAAGAUAGACGAAGAAAGCAGAGGGAACUUUGGAUACAGCAUGAGAAAAACUGCAUGUUGAUAGGAACAGAUCCGAGGUUUACCGCUCCAUUCGAUCCAACUAGAGGAUUUCAAUGUAUUUGGAAUCCCCAGAUUGGGCAAUGGCAAAACUAUCCCAUUCCCCCAUCUGCUGACAAUUCUUUGGCCUAUGGACACAUGCCAAAUAUGCCCGUGUCCAUUCCAAAUACGAAUAUUCCACCACCUCAUAUUCAGCCGACUCCUAGCUAUCCAUAUGGAAUGCCUCAAAUGCAGCUAACCGCUGGAAUACCAACACCAAUGCCGCCAAUCUCAACCAGUAGAAAUCAUACGCAUAUGGUUCCCUCAAUACCUGUAGGUAGACCGCCUCUACCUUCAUCACUUCCUCCCUCUUUACUACAUCAAAUUACACCUACUAGCGGGACAAUCUCUAAUAACAUUCACCAAACACAAACCAUGACUAGUCUUGGUCCUAUUGCCACCAAUAUACCACCUCCCUCUAUGCAAACCCAAACUCCGCCCCCUAUUACUUCAGGUAUUCAAGGCCUACAUAAUCCAUUGGUAUAUCCGCCUCAGAUAAUGAUUGGACAAACACCAUCUCCGAUAUUGUAUCAACAGGAAAAGAAAAGCGAAAUCAUAAGUAUUAUCGGCGAUGUCAAGUUUUUGGGUCCUAUUCCACCUCCACCAAAGUUACCUCCAAGGUGGAAAUGCGCAAAAGACAAAUAUGGACGACCUUAUUAUUAUCACAUAAGACUUAGGAAAAGUCAGUGGGAACCACCACAAAUUACACCCGAGGAUUCUGAUAGCAGCAGCUCUGAGUCAAGUUCCUCAAGCACCGAUUCAAGUUCCGAAGAAUCCGAAAGUGAUGAGGAAAUUAUUAAUGACAGUAGAUUGUUGAAACAGGUCAAAAAACAUAUAAACAAAGAAUUUAAGGAAGCAACUCCAAUAAAACCUUCGCAUCCUAAACUUUCCUCAGGUAUUGAAGUUCACCCGAGUCCAGUGGUGGAACAAAGUAAUGAAAUGCAAUCUGAAGUUCAGUCUUCACCGUUAGAAGCAACUGAAGAAGAAUCUUCAAUAGACAAGAGAUUGAAAGAACAGUUCAAUUUCUUGGAGGAAGGCAGUCCUAUGGCAAAGAGAAGGAAAACUUCAUCUUUAGUUCAAGAAAUAAUAAUAAGUCCUAGAACAGAGGAAGAUAAAUUAUUAUUCAAAGAAGAUUUGAAAAGAUAUAAAGAGAAUAAGAUGAUACUCAAAAAACAAAAAGAAAUAAUUUUGCAACAGAGGAAAAAGCAUAUGAAAGAGAAGAAAGUGAAACAACAACCUUCAAAGGCUAAGAUAAGAGAGAUGAAAUAUAGUAAUACGGAAAAUGCUAAAAAAAUAAAGGAAACAUUCAGAUCCGCAAUGGCUAACACGGUUGUUUCUGCAUUGAAUGCUUAUAGAAAGGCCGAUUGCAAAGAAGGAAGAAUAACGAAUACAGAAGAUUUCAAGCACCUCGCCAGAAAGUUGACUCAUUUCGUAAUGUUGAAAGAAAUGAAGUACAUUUCCGAAAUAGAAGAACUUGUUUGUAGUGAUAGUGUUAAAGUGAAAGCAAAAGAUUUCAUUCGAAAAUACAUGAGUAAAUUUGGAGGUGUGUAUACUAAAAGAGAUGACGAACCUGAACAUUAUUAUUAAUCGUCUAUUUUUAUUUAUCUGUGAUAAGUUUGCAAUUUCAGCGUAUUAUGGAAUUACUUUAUUAUGUUUUGCUAAUUUGAUAAUUUCAUAUAUACUUUGGGUGUAUUAUUAUUUUAGCAAUAUUCACUACAUUUUAUUUAUCUUGAUCUGUCUUGAUCUUAUCUCUGCAGAGUUGUUAAAAACAUUGUAUAUAAUUAACAUUAAUGAUAUGUUCAUUUUGUCUUUUAUCGCAAUCAUCUGUAUAGACCUGUAAAUAAAAGAUUGGAUUUUUAAUGA